UGAUUAGGGUUAGAAUGUUAUGUGAAGUUAUGAUGACAAACCUGUAAAAUAUAUUACAUGUCAUAAUGCCAAUACUGCAUUUAUAUUAUGGUCCACCAUCUUCUUAUGAUUCUAAGAUUCUGUACUAACUACUACAUGGUUUCACAAAUCUAGGAUAAGUAAUAUAUCAAAAGGCACUACAAGUGGAACGGUCGCUUAUUUUGAUAUACAAGGGCUUAAACCCCAUUACACUUCACAAAUAGAUAGUUGAAUAGUUGCUUGGGGAUGGGAGAUACAUCCAAAGGAACCCACCUUACAUCAUGGGAAGCCACAUGGUAUCCUUUCAAAAACACUAGAACAAAACAAAUCUCUACCUAUGGGCACUAAACCUAUGUUAAUAAAGCAAAACGAAUAAAAAAAGGGAUACUUUUUGCUCAAGUUUGACAACUCUUACGAAAGAACCCUGAAUUUAGGGCACACCUCAACAUAUAAUGUUAAGGUCCCCAAUACACUAAUCAUAGUUAGUCCAUGCCUUUUUAAUAACACAUGGAGCCCAUGCAUGUGUGGCCAUCUAUAUGGUGUAUGCAUGAUUUAGCUUGUGGCCAAGCGCCAUAAUAGGAGCAUGUGAUUAGUACAUCCUAGGCUACUCUCUACAUUAGACUUUCUAAUUGUACAGGUAUUGGUAUUUGUGGUCCUCAAUUUAGUGAAUACAUGCAUACUUGUUUUGAAGUAGGCUAGUAAAUGAUGAUCAAUUAUGGAACUGGUUCUACAAUUUACUAAGACUAUUGAACAGAGUCGGCUUGUAUUCAAGUCAGAGUCUAAGCGUUAACGAAUAUGAGUGAGAGGGUGGCCCAGCCGACAUAACUCAAAGGCUUGGAAGUUAGUGUUGACUCUUGACUACAAAAACCUCAUAGAUUUCAUUGUUUCUUCAUGGCUAGUUUGGGACAAUUGAAGCUUCAAUGCACGACUUAAUAAGCUAUACGCUAACAACUUACCAAUCAAUUUAAAACAAGCAACUUCAGACAAAAUCUAAACAAUUUGGUUAGAGAAGCUGCUCAAGAAGCUGAAUGUUAAAAGCUCAUAAUGACAUGAACAACCAUACAAGCAAAGAGAAUCUCGCAAUGUUUUGCUUGAUAUGAUAUUCUUUCUAUUUCAAAAGAUUUUUGAAUAUAAGUUCCAAGAGCCGGGAACCCAAUAACCAAUGACCUAUACUUACUAUGUUUACGUCUAGAAUUAACUCUGAAUUAGGGAGACUAUUAAUUAGUAAUGACAACAGAAGAAUAGAGUUACGUCACAUAACAGAGCGUAAAGUGCUGCAACCAAAAGAGCAUAAUAACAAUUUAAAGCCAUAAUUUCUACUUGGUAGAAACAUAGAGCACGGUUGAAGAACUUCAAUACAUUAUUAAAAUUUGACAAGUUGUACUUUUUGUCAAUAUGUAUGAAUGACAGCAGAGCAGUAGAUUAAAAAGAUAACAUGUACUGACGAAUAUAUAGAAGAAAACACUGGUAAUAAAAACAAGAUUAAAGAAGGCACUUUUUCUGGUUCUAAAGAUAUCAUGAACAUUAGAAAAUCCUAUUUAUCCAUAGACCCUCUUUUAGCCAGCUGUAUAAGCCCAAGGAAAUAAGCGGCACAUAUUACUAGGGGAAAAAAGAAAAAAUGAUUAAUCAGCUAUUGCAAUCAUAAAAAGAAGAGCAAAGCCAUCUAGGUUGAUUAAAAAAACCCGAUGUGGCCGCCAUGUGAGUUUAAUACAUCUUUCAGCAAUGCAGAACAAGAAGAGAAAAAAAAGGGGUGGAAAAUAGCCCCACACCAACGAACCAUGUUCUCAGGAUCCUGUUGAAUUACCUUUCUCUCCGCCACUAUUACUAAAUAAGAGAAAAACAACAUUAAACCUCACCAAUUGCUUUAUGUUUCAACUCCCGCCUUGUUUUCUUUCAUGGCCAUGUACAAUCAUAAAAAGGAUCAUCCACUCGAACUUUAUUGUAGCUAGGAUACUGGCAUUCAAAUUUGGCACAGCAAGCUUGUAAAGGUGGGGCUUCGAAAUCAUGUGCAUCCAUGUGGCUUGUCUCCUCCCUUUAGGGGCCCCUUCUCACUAAUCAAAUAUUCGACUUCAUAUGAAUUCAUUUUCCUCUAUUAGUCUUAGUAUUUGAUCCUUGUACAUUAUGAAGACUGUUUCAUUACUCAUUUAGCUUAACAUCUUCAUUUUUCUUCUCAUUUCAUACACCACACUUCACCUACUUCCCCACGCUUAACAGCGACUAUACUACAAUUCCAUAAAAUCCAACAAAAAAUUUCAAUGAGAGAGCAUAUAUAGGAUAUUGAAACUUCAAUAUACCAGUUGGUUAUCUAGUAUCACACCUUACUGUUCCUCUCGCUAAGAAUGCAAGACUCAGACUCGCUCAAGAAAGCUUUCCUGAAACACUUACUAAUAGGACUCCAUCGAAGUGGUGUUGCAUCCGUAAACAUGAGUUUUGUCAGGAGGAAAAGAGCCUUAAGCUCAUUUCCGACAUCAUUUUGGCCACUGCUAGAGGUGGAACAAAAUGGAGCAAAGCCAUCAGGAAAGAACAUGAGGUCACCUCAACCAUCCUCGAAAUGGAGAAUGAUGAAAAGUAAGAAAAUCUUGAGAAGUUUCCAGGUAAGAUCAAAAGCAAUGAAGAAUGUGCAUGAAUAUGAAGGUGCUUCAGGAGGUGUUCUUGACAAGGCUAUGAUAAAGAAGAAGAUGCGUGUUCUAAGGCAUCUAAUACCAGGAGCUACAUUCUUGGAUGACUUAUGUCUGUUGGAUCAAACCCUAGACUAUGUUAUCUCCCUUAGGGCUCAGGUCGAUGUGAUGCAGAAACUCAUGAAAACCCUCAAUGUUAGAAGAUCCAAGUAAGCCGGUCUAUCCCAUAAAGUAGUUUUCCCCAAUGCAAUAGGCCAUGUAGAGAUUUAGUCUCUACCAUAAAGCAUGAUAUAAACUUACUAUUUCUCGUAUAAUAAGAGUAUCGCUGGUUUUGUGCAUAAGUUGUUGCCAAGCCCCACUUAGGGAUGUUAUGCAAGACCAGGCAAAUAAUAGCUCAUUGUCCGAUAUGGUUUUGAAAGUUGAAUUUCGUAUUUUGAAGGAAAUAAUGUGCCAUGAGAUCAAUACUAAUUUACUCAAAAGGGAAAAGUUCUUAGAUGACAAAUAUUUUCUCCUGGGGCAUUUUCUCUUGAGAGAUCUGUUGCACCUUAUCUAUAUGCCCUAAUGAAGGGAUAUAUUCCACCUAAACUAUUUGCACCUUAGCUAUUUAAACAGCCAUAUAACUAUCACAUAGUGCAACUACAUUUUCACACAACUUUUUUGAUCCCAGAACCUAAAUCAGUUAAAGGACUCCUCAUGCAUAGUUUCGCUUAACUAGUACUUAUCUCAAUAUCGAAAGGAGGACAAAAUGUAGUUUGGCUCAAGGCAAAACUUGGACAGCAUCGAAAGAGAUGGGAGGCACUAUUUGAGUACAGCUACUGCACUAGCAACCAGAACACUUGCAUUAUGCAAGCAGAGCAUGAUCAGAUUUACAGGUUGUAAAUGAAAGUACAAUAAGGCCUUGCCUUUGAUCAGGUUGAUGCAUCAGAUUGUAUGGAUUUACAUCCUAGGGUUUAGAGAUGAGAAGUUAUCUUUAGAGUACACUCAUAAUAUAAAAGAGACAAAGAUGGUACCACCAAACAUAAUUAAUCUGAAGACAUUACACAACCCAACUAUCUUGGCUGAUUUUCUUUUAGACCCAGAAGAUCAUUCAGAGGGGACCAUGCAUCAGACUAGGGUAAAAAAUUACCAGCCAAUGAGUUGAAAUAAAAUUGGGACAGGUCUAACUCAUGUCCAUAGUUCAAUUCAUAUAUAUUUCUAUCCAUGUCUUCAUGUUCAGUUGAUUAAAACAUUAGAAAUGCAUACAAAAGAGAUCUAUCCUAUAAGGUGAAGGCCAUCUAAACUAAGGUAAAAACUAGAAGAGUAUCAUUACGAUUUACUACCUCUUAUAUAUUGAUAAACAAAUUUUGCUAAG